AUGAGUGGUCCAUCCGAAAUUUCAACAGUGGCGACUACGGUAACAUCAGGUCCUGCAACAAGUGGCGGCGGUUGCAGCAGCAAAACAGCUUCUACUGAUGCAGAGCCCGAUGAAGCUAUGACACCAUCUUCGUCUACAGCACUUGAACAAUCCACUUCAGGCUAUUCCAAUGCUGGUAUUCCUGAUAAGUCAUGGCAACCGCCCGUCGCAGUUUUAGAAACUUCAAUGGGAACCAUGAUAGUUGAAAUGUACUGGAAACAUUCACCACUUACAUGCAAGAAUUUUAUGGAAUUAGUCCGAAGAGGUUAUUAUAAUAACACAAAAUUCCAUAGAGUUAUUAGAGAUUUUAUGAUACAGGGUGGUGAUCCGACAGGAACAGGAAAAGGAGGACAGUCUAUAUAUGGUCUCACAUUCGAUGAUGAAAUCACAUCAGAUCUGAAGCACACUGGAGCAGGUAUUUUGUCAAUGGCAAAUGCUGGCCCUAAUACAAAUGGAUCACAAUUUUUUAUUACAUUAGCCCCAACUCAGUGGUUGGAUGGGAAGCAUACAAUAUUUGGACGGGUGCAAAGUGGUAUGUCAGUGGUUAAAAGAAUAGGCUUGGUGGAAUGUGAUAAAAAUGAUUGCCCAGUAGAUGAUGUGAAAAUUGAGAGAGCGUAUAUACCAAAAUAA